UAUAUAUAAAAUAAUAUGUCGUACUAUACUAAUGUAUCUGCAGGCGAAAGCUCUUCAAAUGAUGAUAAUGAAAGUAGUAUGCUAUCAACACUAUCAUCUUCUUUAAAACCGGUAAAAAUGCAGAAUAAAAAAAGAAAAAAUGAUACUGAACCAAAAGUUAAAAUGUCUAAGGCUGGAAAGCGAACAGAAUCAAUAGAGACGUACAAGGAUGCCUUAGCUAGUGUAAUUUCGAAAGGAAAUAUUGAAGAUAACAUUUCUAACUCAAUAACAUUGACGGAAGGAAAUUACAAGUAUACGAUUCGGUGUCCAGUAGCGCCAAAAUGCGAUGACUACUACGUCAUUCAACAUUAUAAAACUAGUGUUAUAAAGGACAUUCCGUCACUUGAAAGAUGGAAACAUUCUGAAGCUAGUGUGAAGUUGUAUACUAGCAAUAACUUUCCUGCUGAUAACGAAAUAUCGAUCAAAAUAAAUGAACUUAUUCGCACAAUUUUAAAUCGAUGUUCAUCGGAUCCAAAACGGAAGAUUGUGAAAAACAGUAAAAAAUAAAAAUGCAAAUAUAUUAUUAUGUAAAAAUUUUUUAUUGGUAGU